UAACUUCACACCAGCAGCGUAUUUCGUGAAGUGGCGGCACGAUUGAGAAAUAUUUCAGCUUUUUAGUGAUUUUCUCGGGGAAAUAUUGUGAUAAGUGAGGUGUAAGGAUGAGUAAAGAAGAGGAGACUGUGGAUACUGGAGAAACCAAUGAUAAUUCGAAUCUUGGACUAAUGGGAGUGCUGGGGAUCUUCCAGAAUGGCUCCACGUCGGACACGACAUCGUCCAAGGGGAAGGAGACGGACUUUGACUGCAAAAUCGAGACAGAUCGUAGCAAGCGAUUUGAGUAUUUGCUGAAGCAGACGGAGAUUUUUACCCAUUUUAUGACCAAUACCGGCCCCAAAAGCCCCCUGAAGGUCAAAGCUGGUCGUCCGAAGAAAUCUAAGCCAGCUCAAGCACCUGAACCAACUUCCUCCGAUGUUGCUGACCAUCGCCACCGGAAAACGGAGCAGGAGGAGGAUGAAGAGCUCCUGGCUGAGGAAACAAAGAAUCAGGAGAUCUUUCGCUUUGAGGCUUCUCCGCACUAUAUCAAGCACGGUGAAAUGAGGGAUUAUCAGAUCCGUGGGUUGAAUUGGAUGAUAUCUCUCUAUGAGAAUGGAAUCAAUGGGAUUCUGGCUGAUGAAAUGGGCUUGGGAAAGACUCUGCAAACCAUUUCGCUUCUUGGCUAUCUGAAACACUUCAAGAACAAUCCUGGGCCUCAUAUUGUGAUUGUGCCCAAAUCCACGCUGCAGAACUGGAUGAAUGAGUUCAAUCAGUGGUGUCCAUCCCUGAGGGCUGUUUGCCUGAUUGGUGAUCAAGACACUCGGCACACUUUCAUUCGAGAGGUUCUGAUGCCCGGGGAAUGGGAUGUCUGCAUAACAUCCUACGAGAUGUGCAUCCGUGAGAAGAGUGUCUUCAAGAAGUUCAACUGGAGAUACAUGGUUAUUGAUGAGGCUCACAGAAUCAAGAAUGAAAAGUCCAAAUUGUCUGAAAUCCUUCGAGAAUUCAAGACAGCCAAUCGUCUUCUUCUCACCGGAACACCUCUGCAGAACAAUCUCCAUGAACUCUGGUCUCUGCUGAAUUUCCUCCUUCCGGACGUCUUUAACAGUGCCGAUGAUUUCGAUUCCUGGUUCAAUACGAACCAAUGCCUCGGGGAUGAUUCCCUUGUCAGCAGACUCCACGCUGUGCUCAAGCCCUUCCUACUCAGACGCCUGAAAUCCGAGGUGGAGAAGAGACUGAAGCCCAAGAAGGAGGUGAAAAUCUUUGUGGGUUUGUCCAAGAUGCAGCGAGAAUGGUACACAAAAGUCCUCAUGAAGGACAUAGAUAUUGUCAAUGGGGCAGGAAAGAUUGAGAAGAUGCGUCUGCAAAACAUUCUAAUGCAGCUGCGAAAAUGCACAAAUCACCCCUAUCUCUUCGAUGGCGCUGAGCCUGGACCACCCUACACCACAGAUGAGCAUCUGGUGAAUAAUUGCGGCAAACUCACCAUCAUGGACAAGCUGCUGCCCAGGCUGCAAGAACAGGGCUCCAGGGUGCUGAUUUUCAGCCAGAUGACUAGAAUGCUGGACAUUCUGGAGGACUAUUGCCUGUGGAAGCAGUAUCAGUACUGCCGACUGGAUGGUCAGACGCCCCAUGAGGACAGAAAUAGACAAAUUCAGGAAUACAAUGCUGAGAAUAGCACCAAAUUCAUCUUCAUGCUGUCCACCAGGGCUGGAGGAUUGGGCAUCAAUCUUGCCACGGCUGAUGUCGUCAUCAUCUACGACUCUGACUGGAAUCCCCAAAUGGAUCUCCAGGCUAUGGAUCGUGCUCACAGAAUUGGUCAGAAGAAGCAGGUUCGCGUUUUCCGCUUUAUCACCGAGAAUACUGUUGAGGAGAAGAUUGUGGAGCGUGCUGAAGUGAAACUCCGUCUGGACAAGCUUGUCAUUCAGCAAGGACGCUUGGUGGACAAUAAAUCCAGCCAGUUGAAUAAGGAUGAGAUGCUCAAUAUGAUCCGUUUUGGAGCGAAUCAUGUGUUUGCCUCCAAAGAUUCCGAGAUUACGGAAGAAGAUAUUGAUACGAUCCUGGAGCGUGGAGAAGCCAAGACGGCUGAACAGAAAGUGAAGUUGGAGGAGCUGGGUGAGAGUUCCCUGCGAAACUUUACAAUGGACACAGGGACUGAGAGUUCGGUGUAUCAGUUCGAGGGUGAGGAUUAUCGGGAGAAGCAGAAGGCGAUGACAAUGGGAAAUUGGAUUGAACCACCGAAGCGCGAGAGGAAGGCUAAUUAUGCUGUUGAUGCGUACUUCAGGGAGGCUCUGAGGGUGUCUGAACCGAAGGCACCAAAGGCACCGAGACCGCCAAAGCAACCAAUUGUCCAAGACUUUCAAUUCUUCCCGCCAAGAUUAUUUGAGAUUCUCGAUCAGGAGAUUUACUACUUCCGCAAGACGCUGAACUAUAAGGUUCCCAAGAAUCCAGAAUUGGGUCCAGAGGCUGCAAAGGUACAGCGAGAGGAACAGCGGAAGAUUGAUGAUGCUGAGCCACUGACGGAAGAGGAAGUGGUUGAAAAGGAAUCUCUCCUGACGCAGGGCUUCACCAAUUGGACUAAGCGCGAUUUCAAUCAAUUCAUCAAGGCCAAUGAGAAGUAUGGACGAGAUGAUAUUGAUAAUAUUGCCAAGGAUGUCGAAGGGAAGACUCCGGAGGAAGUUGUGGAGUACAGUACGGUGUUCUGGGAACGGUGUCAUGAGCUGCAGGACAUUGAGCGGAUCAUGGCUCAGAUUGAGCGUGGAGAAGCUAAGAUUCAGCGCAGGGCGAGCAUCAAGAAGGCUCUAGAUGGGAAGAUGUCACGCUACAGAGCACCCUUCCAUCAGCUACGCAUCUCCUAUGGGAACAACAAGGGGAAGAACUAUACGGAGGAGGAGGAUCGAUUCCUGGUGUGCAUGCUGCACAAAUUGGGCUUUGACAAGGAGAAUGUGUACGAAGAACUGAGAUUUGCAGUGCGUUCUGCUCCACAGUUCCGCUUUGACUGGUUCCUCAAGUCCCGGACAGCAUCUGAGCUCCAGAGACGAUGUAACACACUCAUCACGCUCAUUGAGAGGGAGAAUCAAGAGUUGGAGGAGAAGGAACGUCUGGAGAAGAAGAAGAAAACCAGCAAGGGUGGAAACUCUUCCCAAUCUAGUUCCGGACAACCUAAGUCUGGGCAAAAGAGGAAGGCAGACGUGGCGGGAAAUGACAAGGGCAAGAAAAAGAGGCGAUAAACAUCUCAGACACUCGACAUUCAACUUAGGCCGUAGGCUAUCAAGUAUUUUAAUUGUAAUUUUGCAAAAUGUGUGUGCAUUUUAUGUGUAAUUCCAUUUUUGGAGCCCCCAUGUAGUUGACCGGGAAUUCUGAAAUAAAAUUUAAUUGGAAUCCGCUA